AUGCUACGUGCGGCCAUCUGCCGUAGGUCGUUCGCAACCGCUUUUCGCACCUUCUCGACAUCUCCGGUCACACAAACAGCCCCCCAUUUGUCAUACCCUUCCCAUGCCCAUCCAACUCCCCAUGAAAUAUUUCACCUCCGUCGCACGGCUUCACAGGAUGAGAUAAAGGAGAGAUAUUAUGAGCUGGUCCGCGUGCAUCAUCCAGACUCGCCCACCUGCCGACACGAACCGGAUGACAUCCGUCAGGAGCGUUUCAAGGCCAUUACUAAAGCGUAUGACAUCCUAAAGAGUACCCGCAGUCCUGCAUACAUCGAAGAAGUUCAGAGACGACAGACACAGAGUAAAUACCCCCAUCAAAAUCCCACGAGACGUCACCAAUUCGCAUAUGGGGUGCCUGAGGAGAGGUUGAUGGGUGUGGGGAGCAGUGAUGUCGCUAUAAUCGCGGCAAUGCUAGUGGUUCUUGGAUCUGUCGCCCUCGUUUACUCUCCUUUCUCCGCACGACAACGAGUGGACAAGUAUCGCGCCUCAGCAUCGCACGCAUUGGCCGAUGCAAGAAGGGAGAGCAAGGGGGAAAGGGAAUUGAGCGUGGAAAAAACAGAGCAAGAGGGCGUCACGCCUGAGGAAGGACAAAGAUCUGAUUGCCUGCCGAAGUCGCCAUCCAGCAACUGA